AUGGCGAAAGAUAACCCCGCAGACGACAUCCCCCGCGAGCGCAACGAGCCGCGCCCCGACUUCAGCAUACCCCCGCCGCGCAAGCCGCUCCCCAAAGCGCUGCAAGAGACGCUGGACAGCGAAGAGAAGCUCUGGGCCGCCAUGUACGACGGGACCUCCGGCGAGUCCACCGACUCCCCCAUCCGCUACGCCGCCUACGCCUCCCGCAUCCGCACCAUCCUCCUCUCCGCCCACCGCUACGUCGCCUACACGUCCGACGUCGGCGAGUCCUUCCGCCCCGUCGCGCACCCCCACCUCGUGCGCGCCGCGUACGGCGUCUCCUGGGCGUACCUGCUCGGCGACGUCGCGCACGAAGGCUACAAGGCGUACGUGCGGAACCAGCGGGUGCUGCACCCGGAGGGCCCAACACCAAAACUCACACCCACAACAUCCAGCACCGGUAGCAGCAACAGCAGCAGCGGCGCUAAGUCCGCUGCGGGCGUCACUGCUAGGCUGGUCGGGAAAGACGACGCCGUGCCCAGCGCCGCGGAGCAGAAGUCCCUGGGCCCGAGCACCAGCGCGCAGGACGCCGCGCACGUGCCGGCGCUCGAGGACUACCGCUCCGUCAUGGCGCAGCGCGCCCUCUUCCAGGGCGUGGCGAGUAUGGGCCUGCCCGCGCUCACGAUCCACAGCGUCGUCAAGCACUCCGGGACGUAUUUCCGGCGACAUGUCAAGAACGCGCGGGUGCGGACUUGGGGACCUAUUGGUCUCGGCCUCGCAGUCGUGCCCUUCCUGCCCUACAUCUUCGACGCGCCCGUCGAGCACGCCGUCGAGUUCGUCUUCCACAAGGGCUUUGCAGCGAUUGGGGGUCCUGGGGCCGUGGGCGCGCGGCCAGAGACUGGGCGCCAGGAAUUGCGGCAGGUGGAGGCGAAGGCGGGGAAGGAGAAGGAGAAGGAGCUGUGA